AAUCAUUUGCACGGCAGGGUUCUAGAGUGCAGCAACUCCGCCUUUUAGCUUCCACCUUGCGAAUGAAAUGACAUUGGAGAAGAGAAAAGCAACACGAGAGGUGCCACUGAUGUGUCUUCAUGAUCUAAACACACAUCGAAAUGGAACAAGAAUCUCGAAACUUCUGCGAUGAACCGGGAACCUCAAAUAGGGGAAUACAAAAUUCCCAAAGAAUAUCAUGUCAUUUCAUGGAUGGGAUAUCCGGGGUAGUUCAUAUACUAGUACACAGAGGGGCAUGGGACCAUCAGGAUAUUCCUCCAUUGACAUGUUAUCGAAAGCAUUACUCUUGUCAGUACAAUGGACGUCCUAAUUUCAUCACUGCGGCAGGGACCUCUUGUCCCAAGCGUUGUGCAUUGAUCAAAAGGAAAACAUACAAACACUUCACCUACAACGCCAUCACCCAUCAAUGCUAUUGCCACAAUGGUUGCACUCCGAAGUACAAUGGGCACGGGGUAAUGUAUGUGGGGUUGGUCAGCAUGGAGAGGGAUUCUAGAGAUUUUCUAUGUGGAGAGGACAAACAGAAUCAGUGGUAUCGGAGGAUACACCUUGCUGCCCGCAUACCAAGCCCUGGUCCAGGAUGCAAAUACCGGUUUGGAGUGACUUGUAAUAGUAGAGAUUUCAAGUACUCUCGCUCAAUUGGCAAAGACCUGACUUUGGAGUAUUGCAAGGGUACGUGUUUGUCCCAUCCGAAGCCCAGAUAUUCGGAAUAUGAUGAAAGAACGGGAUACUGCUACUGCUUCCCAAGCUGCGAGAAUGCCAAACGUGGAUCCAUUUUUAAUAAUCUGGGGGUUCUUUACGACGAUAUUAACAAUGUUUGCACCAUACCCUAAAAGAUCCAAAAGGGUUCAUCUUGCACAAUGUCAUUUUUGUCGGUUUCGGAAAUACAACAGCAACUUCAUAAGAUCAUCCUGCUUCCUUUAUCCUUUCUGCUCUCAAAAAGCACUCUUGUGCUUGGUUAUUUUGAUCGGUAUUAAAUGAUUAUAUUACAGGUCCCAAUGUUGCCAAACUAGUGAAGACAGUCAAAAUUUGAACCUUCCAGAUUUUGUUAACACAUAGUACUGUUAUUUUGCUAAACAAUAACUAACCUA